AUGGCAGACGCUCUCGAAGAACCUGUUGGUGCUGGCGCGCCAACUACCUCUGAAUCGCACCAAACGCUCCUACCUUGUGACGCAUGCCGAAGGAGGAAAGUGAAGUGCUCAAAAGAAGAAAUCUGCGAGCGGUGCAUAUCGGCAGGCCUGAGGUGUACAAGAGAGAUUGCGCGAAAGAAGAGAGGGCCAAAGAAAGGAUCAGGUUCUGUUCUCGCAAGAUUGCGAGACGAAAGUCAGGCGACUUCGCCAACCGAACAAACAUUCCCGCCACUUGACUUGUCUCAGUUGCAACUACAGAUGCCACAUUUCAGCAAAACGGUGACAAACGAAAGCCCGUUUUCGUCAUCGCUAAGCUCUCCCACAAGUUCGUAUUUUGGCGACACGUAUGGUCCAGCCCCAGGACCGUCCACAGUCCCUAGGUCUGUACCCAUCGUUCAGAAUGGCACUGAAUUCGACCCGACGUCACAUACAGAAUUUGCCCAAGCAGGCAUUCAAUUUCCAGCAUCAUGGCAGAUGCAAACUUCGGAACUUCUUCAAUUCCAAGCCCCUCAUUCGCCUAAUGGUUACAUGUCGAUCAGGGAUCUAGCUCAGGAAAUAUUCCAAGAGACAUACCCUCCUGUUCCGCGUGCAAUUCCUCCAAGGUCCAAUGCGCAAACCCCGUCAAGAGCUUCAACACCUCUUACCAAGCCCACUUCCCUCGAUGCUGUGUUGAAUCUUGGUCCCACCAGCGCUCCCUCUCCAACCCUAACCGCUACCAGCUCGCCUAUGCCACUCCAUGGACCAAAAUUUCUAUAUCGAAGUGACUCCGGAGAUCUCCACAGCCCACUUCAGAUACAAGCACUCGCAGCAGAAUUCGAUUUGUCGGCGCGGCUCAUGAGUCAAUGCCUUAGUCAAUAUUUUAGACAUCUCUACCCGAUACGGCCUACAAUUCACGAGAGUUCAUUUCUUCAACGCCUCAAUAGCUCGGUUGAAUUAUCAAAUGAAGAAAAGAUCCUAAUAUUAUCAAUUUGCGCCAACACCGUUCUUCACGCAGCACCCCAGUCAGAUCUGUCACUGGAUAAGAAAAUGCAACUUGGAAAGCAGUUUGUCGAGCUGUGUUUUCUUUUACGAUGUCAAUAUGAUUGGGCGGAGUCGGCUACACUUCUGUCAAUACAAGCCAGUUACCAUAUUUGCGUUGCGAUGUUUGAACUCAAAAAGCCUCGGGCCCAUUAUUUGUAUCUCCGCGAGGCUAUUUCUAUGGCCUUUGAACAAGGCCUGCACCUUGAAUCGACCUAUUUCGGCAUGGAUGACAUCCAAGCCAUCUGUUCGAGACGAACGUUCGCCUUACUCUUCAUAACAGAACGUGGCCUGGCCAUCCUCCGGAACAAACCCGCCCAAAUCCCCCGGUUGCCAAUUCUGUCCAGCGAGUAUUUCGACGAGCAGGACGGAAUCAUUCUGGCCGGCUUCUCUGCCCUGGUCAAUUUAUUUUCCAUCCUUGACGAGAAGUUCAUCCAACUCUGGAGUACCACGCCUAUGGAAACCACAUCCUCGGGCUCGUAUGAGCCCUACGACAACGUGGCGGCGAUCCAACACUCGUUGAGCGAAAUGUCAUUCGACCAUUUUCCCAUGACGGACAUUCAAAAGGCCGACGUCCUGAUCACGCAUCAAUGGUUGAGAUUGAUCUUCUGGCAAGCCUCCAUGCGCCAGGGCUUGAUCAGCUACAGCGCCUCCGACCCCAUCUUCUCCUCGACGUACCCGAUCGCCAUCGCGAAAGACCUGUGCGUUGCGAUCAACGACUUGACGCCCAGUGCCGUCCUCGUACACGGAUUGGGAAUAUUUGAGAAACUGUUCGAGGUCGCAUAUACGCUGAUGGACGCGCUGACCAUCGCAAACACCAAUUGGUCUGACAGCGAGGAGUUGAGGUGUCUCUUUGACCUGCUCAGUGCGAGUCCGAACAGUCAAAGCACCUACGUCAAGAUGCUAAGGACGAAGAUCGAGGCCGAGAGGAGUCCUCCCGCUGCGAGCCCGCCUCAACCGGCGCUGGCGCCGCAGCUGAUCUAG